UAACCAAUUUUUUAUUGUUGCAGAUAUGGUGAAAGGCAAAGAAGGAACAGCGCAGUAGAGCUAACUGGCAUUCAGCUUCUAUCAGCUACAUUUAUUCAGUUGAAGAAGCCCUACCAGCAGCUGCUCAUACCAAUGACCAUCUACAUUGGUGUUGAGCAGGCUUUUAUCAGUGCAGAUUUCACUCAAUCAUAUGUAUCAUGUGCAAUGGGUGUUAACAAUGUUGGAUUCGUCAUGAUCUGCUUUGGAGUUGUCAACGCAAUUUGCAGUUUGUUGUUUGGAAGUGUCAUGAAAUACGUUGGCCGAGUGCCCAUCAUGAUCUUAGGAAUCUCAGUUCAUGCAGCAGUACAAAUAUUUCUGCUUCUAUGGAGGCCGCAUCCAGACAACCCACUACUCUUCUUCAUGGCUUCUGGCCUUUGGGGAGUGGGCGAUGCUGUUUGGCAAACCCAAGUCAAUGGUUUGUACGGUGCUCUUUUCAGGAGAAAUAAGGAGGCCGCAUUCUCCAACUACCGUCUAUGGGAAUCUGUAGGUUUUGUCGUCGCUUAUGCUUAUUCCACUCAGCUUUGCGCUCGUAUGAAGCUGUAUGUCCAGCUAGCCAUCUUAGUUUUUGGUUUCUUGCUAUACUGCGUAGUGGAAAUCCACCAUAUGCGCAAACUGAGAAAGCAAAAGAUAAAGGAAAAGAGAGCCGCAGAAUUGGCAGCCAAAAGGCAGGCAGCAAUCGAUCAAGAACCAGAAACGACAGAUGAUGAAAAGGACGACAUCGACGAUGAAAUCAUUGUAACGCAUUUGUAGUAGACUUGGGGUUUAUUAGGCAUUCCUUAUUGGGCAUAGGCUUCUAAUUUAUUUCACAAAAAAACGAAAUACGGUGGUACACUGUGUUCAAAUAUAUUAGUGGGGCCAGUGCACGAUGCAGCAAGAAAACGACAUUUUCCAUAGGCGGUUUCUGUCCUAGAAGAUUUAGAUUUAUAAAGCAGUAUUUUUCUUUCAGUGAUUUCACUAUCUCGUAGAUUGUAUUACUUUAGGAGCAAAUUCUGUUAUAGAAACAAUUAUUUUUUCGUAGAUUAUUUGCACAUUGAGAUGCCAGUAAUAUCAAGCAAAAAAUACUACAGCUAUUAGACUUAUCAAUGCAUUUUUUGUUUGGUCGCACAUCUCCUUGUGCAACUAUAUUUUUAUUUUGUAAAUAUAGAAACGUUAUUAUAAGUAGGCAUGUUUCCUUCCGAAUUAAAAACUCAAACUAAUUAAAACCUUCUUAAAAAGUAUUAAAGUAAGAAAGUCAAAUUUUCGGUCGGUAUAUUGAUCUUGCAAACUACCUAUACCUAUAUACACAAAUAUUUAUAAAUAAGUGUUUAUCACUGCUACAGUCUGUGAUGAUCAAAAUACAGGAAACGCGAUACUAAAAGUUGGAAAACUAAGCAUUCAACCUUUUAUUUUCAAAGGGUAUUUAGUUUAUCCAACAAAUCACUAUUCGAUUUCGACAUAUGAUUACUGCAGCUCCAAGUUUUUAUCGGUUGAUGUUCUAAAAUUAUUUUGUGCCAUUCUCAUUUUGUGUUAAUACAAAAAUGCUAGUAAUUUUUUGAGUUUUUAAGGAUCCAAUUAGCGUUGUAGAAAACCCCAUUACCAUUAUAUUGAAUUAGUACUUUAUAGUUGAAGGUCUAUAAGUGAAAAGUGUUGAGUUGGACGCCAUUCAAUCUGUUUCGUCCAAAAUUUUAAUAUCUAUUGUUUGUCCUUAUCAAGUCAAUUUUUGUUUAAUGGAAAAGCAUAAUUAAGUUGAAAAGGUGAGAAACUUUUAUUGUUAUAUAGGUUUAUUUAUAAAUAUUUUAUUUUAUUUCCUGAUAUUACUUGUUAUAUAUAUUAUUGAAAACUUGUACAGUAAAGUCCUUAACCUAGGUAGAAAUAAAGCUAUGUAUAUUGUUAGGAUCCUACUCAAACAUGUAAAUUUACUAAGUACUCAGUAUUCUUAGAGCAAUACUGUAAAUUAUAAUAAACAUCUUGAACCGUUA